AUGGCGUCGUUCUCGGAGGCUCCCCCCGGGAACCCCAAGGCGGGUGAGAAGAUCUUCAAGACCAAGUGCGCGCAGUGCCACACGGUCGAGAAGGGCGCCGGCCACAAGCAAGGUCCAAACUUGAAUGGUCUUUUUGGGAGGCAGUCGGGUACCACUGCAGGCUACUCCUACUCUGCGGGAAACAAAAACAAGGCUGUGGUCUGGGAGGAGAACACUUUGUAUGAGUACCUGCUUAACCCUAAGAAGUACAUUCCUGGAACCAAGAUGGUCUUCCCUGGGCUGAAGAAGCCGCAGGAGCGAGCUGAUCUCAUUGCGUACCUGAAGGAAGCAACUGCAUAG